AAACGUGUCAAUCUAUCUGAUUACGUCUACUAAUACGGCGUAAUUAGACAUAAAAUCGUCAAAAUUUAAGUAAAAAUUUGUAUAUCAAUCGCCAUGGCUGCAAUUCCGGAUAAAGUGUCGAUUGACAAACGAUUCGAGUGCCGAGUUGUGCUGGAAAACUUGAAUAUGAAUUCUUCGGGUGAUAGCUGGAUUGCUUCGUUGAAAAAUCAAGCGACUUCUGCUACUUCAUUAUCGACCUUGACUUUGAAUCGCUCAGAAGGGAUCACUGGAAUGCAAAAGGACGUGACUGAACAAAUGCCGCUGGUAAAAAACUACGAGGCUCGCAUGAACGAAGUAAUUGAUAGAACGAUUUCGGAAAUCAGAACGAAGUAUCGCGAAAAUUUGAUUGAAUUAAUCCCCUUAAAUAAUGGUCCCAUGGUGCAUUACGCAUGCAAACGCGAAUUGGCUAAAUUACGUGCUGAGCAUGCCGAAGAAAUUGUCCAGUUGAAGGGGGAAAUUUUGCAUUAUAGGGCUAAAAUGGAACGAAUGAAACGUGAAUGUGAUUCGGCCAUCGAAGAUGCCAAGAAGAAACAAUGGUGCUCCAGCUGUGGCAAAGGCAAAGAUCACAUUCAAAUACAUUUCUGCAACAACGAAUGUCAAGAAAAAUAUAUUGACCUCAUCAAAACUGAAUCAUUCAAAAAUAAGAAGUAAGACGUGAUGAAUCGGAGGAUAUAAUCACAACACUUGCAACUGAACACCCUCAACUCAAAAAGCAGC